AUGAGCUACAGGAGCCAGAGGAACUACAGAAGAGCAACAGCAGCUAGAGGAGCCACAGGAGUUGAAGGAGUCACAGGAGUUGAAGGAGCUCCAGGAGCCACAAAAAACAAAGGAGCCACAGGAAAUACAGGAAAUACAGGAGCCACAGGAGUUGAAGGAGCCACAGAGGCUACAGGAGCUAGAGGAGCAAGAGGAGCCACAGGAGCCACAAGAACCACAGGAGUUGAAAGAGCUACAGGAGCUACAGGAAACACAGGCGCUAGAGAAGCCACAGGAGCUACAGAAGCCUCAGGAGCUUCAGGAGCCUCAGGAGCUACAGGAGCCAAAGGAGGACCGGGAGCCACAGAAAACAUAAGAGUUACAGGAGCCACUGGAACUAGAGGAGCAACAGGAGCCAAAGGAGCUACUGGGGCCUCAGUAGCUACAGGAACUACAGGAGCUAGAGGAGCCACAGGAGCUACAAGAGACAAAGGAGUUACAGGAGCCAGAGGAACUACAGGAGCCACAGGAGCUACUGGAGCCAGAGGAGCUAUAGGAACCACAGGAGUUGAAGGAGCCACAGGAGCUACAGGAGUUAAAGGUGCGAAAGAAGCUCCAGGAGCAACAGAAAACAAAGAAGCUACACCAGCCACAAGAGCCACAGAAAAUACAGGAGCUAGAGGAGCCACAGGAGUUGAAGGAGCUCCAGGAGCCACAAAAAACAAAGGAGCCACAGGAAAUACAGGAGCCACAGGAGCUACAGGAACCACAGAAGUUGAAGGAGCCCCAGGAGCCACAGAAGACAAAGGAGCUACAGCAAUCACAGGAACCACAGGAAAUACAGGAGCCAUAGGAGCAAAAGGAGACACAGGAGCCACAAGAGCUACAGGAGCCAAAGGAGCUCCAGGAGUCACAGAAGACAAAGGAGCUAGAAGAGCCACGGCAGCUACAGGAGAUACAGGAGCCACAGGAACCACAGGAGUUGAAGGAGCCACAGGAGCAAUAGGAGCUACAGGAGACAAAGGAGCCACAAGAACCACAGGAGUUGAAGGAGCCACAGAAGACAAAGGAGCUACAGGAGCCACGGCAGCCACAGGAGUUACAGGAGCUAGAGGGCCACAGGAGCUACAAGAGCAAAAGGAGCUCCAAGAGCCACAGAAAACAAAGGAGCUACAGGAGCCGCAGAAAAUACAAGAGCCAAUGGAACUAGAGGAGCAACAAGGAGCCACAGGAGCUACAAGAGACAAAGGAGCCUCAGGAGUUAUAGGAGCUACAGGAGCCAAAGGAGCUCCAGGAGCCACAGUAAACAAAGGAGAUACAGGAGCCAUAGGAGCUACAGGAGCUACAGGAGCCACAGGAGCUACAGGAGCUACAGGAGUCACAGGAGCUACAGGAGCCACACCACAGGAGCUACAGGAGUUAAAGGAGCUACAGGAGCCAAAGGAGUUCCAGGAGCCAGAGGAGCCUCAGGAGUCAGAGGAGCCACAGGAGAUACAGGACCCACAGGAGUUUAAGGAGCCACAGGAGAUACAGGAGCCGUUCGAACAACAGGGGCCUCAGGAGCAACAGGAGCCACAGGAACCACAGGAGUUUAAGGAGCUACAGGAGCCACAGGAGCUACAGGAGCCACAGGAACUACAGGAGCUAGAGGCGCCACAGGAGCUACAAGAGCCACAGGAAAUACAGGAGCCACUAGAACUAGAGGAGCAACAGGAGCCAAAGGAGCUCCAGGAGCCACAGAAGACAAAAGAGCUACAGCAGCCACAGGAAAUACAGGAGCUAGAUGAGCCAGAGGAGCUACAGGAGCCACAGGAAACACAGGAGUUGAAGGAGCUAGAGGAGCCACUGUAG